AUGUCCCCCCUCCAACCCGCCCAGCCUCCCGGCAAACCGCCCGUCAUGACGUCCCAACAGCCGUCCAGGGAUGCGCAAGCUUUCACGACCAAGAGACCUUUGCCGACCAGCCUGCCCCUCCCGCCAGGCUCGAGACCACCAACGGUUGCCCGCCAGUCCUCUGCCGUCACGGUACCGUCGGAAUCAUCAACGAGGACCAUGUACAGGUCGAAGCCCAUGCCUUCUGUUCCAGCAGGCUCGGUCACCGCCUCGGCGCCCAGGAGGCAUGCUAGGGUGGUCUCGGCCGCGGCCUUGCCUGGGCAAGAGUCGACGAGGAGAGACGCAAGCCGGCUGCCGCCGUCGUCCAAGUUGAGCAGACCACCGGCGACUGGCCUCCCCAUUUCAACCGAGACCGCACCGCAGCCUGCGAAGCGAGCGCCGGCACAUGCACGUGCUCGAAGUAGCGUCGCCGGCACUCAUCCCGCAGCAGCGCUGCCGCCGCCGUCUCGCGACAGCUCUGGCCCCACGGCCAUCCCACGACAUGGCCGCAGUAUGUCGAUUGAUGAGAGAAAGGAUUCUGCGCCAUCCAAGCUUGGUUCGCUGCAGGCACGGUCGCGACUUCAUCCUGCAAGCUCGACACGGCAGCAGCAACGCUCCCCGGUCCGCCAUCCUGCGUCGAAACCACCGACGUCGACGGUCUUGGCGCCGCCAUCGCCGUCCAAGCUACCCGCGAACGUCGCUGCGUUGGUGGAGACGAGCAAGCUUCAGGCCGAGUUGCUGCAGCUGCACCUGCUGCACCGUGACGCGGCGGCCGUGGAUGCCCGGUGGCGGAAGAGUGCCAGGAGGAAGCUGGGAGACCGGUUUGCGACUCUGCAAGACGUGAGCAGGCAUGUCUCGGCCAAGGAGAAAUCAAUCGUCGAGAUGGACAAUCUGGCCGCUCUUCGACGGUGGGGUGCCAUGGGCAGCGGGCUGGAAGAAAAGAUCCAAAACUUGGGCGACGUCAUCGGUGGGCUUUGGACCCUCGGCGAGCCCGGCGGACGAUAUGCCCGUGUCGCGAGCCGCUUCGAGCGGUGGAUGGAUGGCGUCGAGGCUGUUGACGAGGCGAGGCGGCGCAGCCCCGCGGCGCUCCCGCAAAACGAGGAUUUGCUCUUCGUCGAGCAGCUCGAUGCUCCCUGGAGGGACGAGUGCGCGAGCAUGAGCCGCCUCCUGGAGACGUUGCGCGUCCAACUCCGGGCCAUCGACGACCUCGGCGGUGACGCUGGACAUGGCGUCACGGGGGACUCGAGCUUGGAGCGGAUGCUGCGCGGCGCGGCGAGCUUGGUGGCCGGCAUGCUUGCCGAGCUGCGUGCCAUGGAGGAGAUGGAGCAAGAGGCGCUGGCCAUGGAAAAUGAAUGGGUCGAGAGCAUGAACCUGUUGGUCGAAGAGGAUGAUACCCCGAGGGCUGGAGCGGUUUGGAGGACGGUAUAA